AUGGCAAAAGCUGGGGAAAAAUCUGAAAGGGCUACCAGCCUGGAGAAUGAGCUCAGCUGUCCUGUCUGCCUGGAUCUGUAUAAGGACCCAGUAAUGCUGAGCUGUGGUCACAACUUCUGCAAGCAGUGCAUCCAGAAGGUACUCGAUUCUCAGCAGCAAUUCCCUGCCUCCUGCCCUAUGUGCAAGAUUCAGCUGGGGCCCGAUUUCGAGCUGCAGAAGAAUUUUCAGCUGUGCAGCAUUGUGGAGACAUUUCUGGCCACCAAUUCCAAAGGGCAACAUGAGGAUGGCUCUGAAGACGGGAAGGCAGUGGUUCUCUGUGACUUCUGCCUGGAGAAGUCCCAGCCAGCAGUGAAAACCUGCCUGAUGUGUGAUGCAUAUUUAUGCCAGGCCCAUUUGAGCAAACACAGUGCUACGGCUUCCCAGCAGGACCACGUACUGGUGGAGGUGGGCACUGGCAGUGUGGCAGAGGAGAGGAGGUGCCAGGAGCACGGCAAGCUGCUGGAGUGCUACUGCCGGGAUGAGAAGCUGUACAUCUGCUUGCUCUGCUGUAUUGCGGGACAGCACAAGGGCCACGACAUCAUCACCCUGAAGGAGGCUUAUGACGAACAGCUGGGUGAACUCUUGGACAUGGAGACGUGGCUGCAAGGACGUGAAAACGCUUUAAAUACUGCUCUAGAAGGACUUCAGAAAAGUGAGCAGCAGCUCAAGACCAAUACAAAAACAGUGAGUUCCCAGAUGGAAAAGCUGUUUGAACAGCUGAAGACAGAGAUUAUUCAGGAAAAGAUUAGGAUCCUGUGUGACAUUGAAUCCAGCGAGAAAGAAGAACUGACAAGAAUUUCCAAAGUGAAGGAGGAAAUGAAAAAAAGGAGAGAUGAAGCUGUGGAGCAUCUUCAGUCAUUGCAGAAGAUGAGAGAGCAACCAGAUGUUUUCCACUUCUUCAAAGAAUUUAAACUGAUCAAGGACAGGAUUUACAGUCAGGAUUUCAGCAUCAGAACAAUGGAUGUGGCAGUGGUGCAGAUGGAUGAGGCCUGGAUUGCCUGCUACCAGCACUCAAGAGAGAACUUCAUGGAAGAGAUGGGUGCACUGUUGAGUCUGGUGCAACGUGAGUGA